CUUUUCCAGCUAGCACGCCAACUGCGCCAACAACAGUCGAAACACACAGAUUAUCAUAUGUGAUGCGAUGCGCGCUACUUGUGAUCUAUGUAACGUGUGAUGUGGCGUGAUUAUCUGGAACACUUUAGUCUGAUGGUGCUCUAGUUUGGCCCAUGAAGUCGUGAAUGUAUGUGAUAUAGUUAAAAAGUUCAUUCGUCAAGUGUUACCCAAGCGUUCGUUCCAUCGUAUCGAAUGUGGCGUUCAGGUUUUAGAGGUUUUGUGCGGUGGGGACUGCGUAAGCAACGCAAACCCAAGUCGGAAGACUCUCCUGACAAGCAAGAAACUCACAGAUUCGUUGUCCCAGUUGCGAAUCUCGGCGCCAACCGGCAAGACGAACAUGAUCGACGCAAAAGAGAAACUUGCCACGAGGACGGGCGCUUUUUCACGAACAGACCAGCGUGCAGUUUUGUGGAAACCGUCGGAUGGGUGGGAACGCUACUUGCAGUUGGCCUAAACCUGCAGCUGCAAAGUAGGCGGUGCCUGUGGGGCAAUGAUCAAGCUGGUAUCGCCAUCGCCCGUGAAAGUGGGAAUGCAGACAAUGCUGUGCGACCCUGUCUCAGAGUGUGCAACCUUUUACGCAACUUUGUAUUUCGCCUUGUCAUUGCCUCACCACGUCCAAUAUCAUCGAGCUCAAUUCUCGCACGAGAAGACGAAUUCUCCUCGGAUGCUGUCGAUCCCGUGCGUCUGUCCUUGGAUGGAGACCAUUUUGAUGCAGGACACUCCGAGCCGCCGCAGUCAACUGCUGAGGCAAGCGAGCAACUUGCCAGCGUGUUGAUGGAGUAUUUUGCCUGUCUUGAAGACAUUAAUGGUGCUCAUUUACUGUUGACGAAUGAGACCGAAGCAAUAAAGAGCUUUGAAAAAGCACAAGCACUGGGUUCUGCCAGAGCACACUACAACCUCGGAGUCUGUUACGAAAGAGGCAGGACUGUCAAUAAGGACUUGGACAAGGCACUGAUGCAUUAUAAAGCAGCUGUCCUCAAGGGCCACCCACUGGCCACCUACAACCUGGGUGUGUUAUAUCUGAACGGCCAUGGAAACACCAGCACCGGCCAUUCAUUGUUGGAGAAGGCCUCCCGUCUAGGAGUCCCCCAGGUAUCUGCUGUCUUGAAUGUCCAACUUUGUCCAACAUUCGCAUAUGGCAAAGAUUGCGACGUGUUUAAGUGUGGUGGCUACCAGUUUUCGCUGAACAACGAAGCCAGCUUUUUUAAAGUGAAGCUGUCUGUGACUUGGAUCUAA